AAUGUGGUGAGUCUCGCAACAUUUGGACACAAAAAAAUGAGGUGUCUUGGUCUUGUAGCAAUAGCUUUAAGCUGUGUGGUGGCUGUGCUUGGAGGGUUACCCUUCUCAAAUGCACAACUAGAUCCCUACUUUUACUGGAACACUUGUCCCAAACUGCAUUCUAUCGUAUUUAAAGUCGUAAAGAAAGUUUCUAAAACGGAUCCCCGUUUGCCUGCCAGUCUCGUUAGGCUUCACUUUCAUGACUGCUUUGUUCAAGGUUGUGACGGGUCGAUUUUGUUGAACAACACUGCGACGAUAGUGAGUGAGCAACAAGCUUUGCCAAACAAUAACUCAAUAAGAGGUUUGGAUGUUGUGAACGAUAUCAAGACAGCAGUGGAAAAAGCUUGUCCUGGCGUAGUAUCUUGCGCUGAUAUUCUUGCUCUUGCAGCUGAAGUAUCUUCUGUUCUGGCUAAUGGUCCCUGCUGGAAAGUUCCCUUGGGAAGAAGGGAUAGUUUAACAGCAAACAGAACCCUUGCCAAUCAAAAUCUUCCAGCUCCAUUCUUCAACCUCACUCAGCUUAAAGCAGCCUUUGCUGCUCAAGGUCUCAACACUACUGAUCUAGUUGCACUCUCAGGUGCUCAUACAUUUGGCAGAGCUCAAUGCACUGCAUUUGUUAGCCGAUUGUACAAUUUCAGUGGUACUGGCAAACCCGAUCCAACUCUUGACACAACUUACUUACAACAAUUGCGAAAAAUAUGCCCCAAUGGUGGACCUGGGACCACCCUAGCCAAUCUUGACCCAACCACUCCUGAUACAUUGGACAAGAACUACUAUUCCAACCUUCAGGUUAAGAAGGGCUUGCUUCAGAGUGACCAAGAGCUAUUUUCCACAGCCGGUGCUGAUACCAUCAGCAUUGUCAACAAGUUCAGCAGUGACCAAGAUGCUUUCUUUAAGAGCUUUGCGACUUCAAUAAUUAAAAUGGGUAAAAUUGGUGUGCUAACUGGGAACAAAGGAGAAAUCAGAAAACAAUGUAAUUUUGUUAACAAGAAAUCUGUUGAACUUGAUAUUGCUACUGUGGCCUCCCAAGAAUCAUCAGAGGAGGGUAAGGUUAGCUCAAUAUAAAUGAAUUAGGACGAGUUAUAUAUAUACAUUGGAAAUUAUGUGAUUGAAGGUUACUAAUAAAGAAGCUAUAGGCACAUUGUUCAUACCAUGUGCCCACUGCAAGCUAUUAUUGUGGACGUGUGAGAUCUUUGUAUUGUAUUUUGAAUCAUAGUGUUUUGUAAAUUGUAAUCAAUUUCUCUCUUUCUAUCUCUUA